UUUAUAUUGGUUCUGCUUGUACAGCAUUUUGUUUCAACUGAGGUUGUUUUUAAAUCUGCUUAUGAAAUAAACUUUGACUUGACUUGACUUGACUUGACUUGACAGUGACUAACCCUCCCUUUUACUGUUAAACACAACGCCUCUAUUGAGAAACACCACUUAGGCCACAUGCUUGCUUCACUUGUUACUAAGACUGAACAACAACAACCUAAGGUCUCCCAAAUGUUAUACAAUAAAUCUGAUGAAAUGACUUAGACUUAGAUUUAGAUUUAGACUUCAACUUGGACAGACUUUACUGAUCCACAAACUGCUCAGUUGCACAUAAAAAAAAAAUAAAAAAACUCUUGGUAACUGCUAAUAAAAAUAAAACUAGGUGAAAAAAUAAUUUAUGAAACAGGUGAAAAGAUAAAAAUAAUUAAGAAAAAUGAAACAAUCACUGACACAUAAGAGGAAGCAGCUGAUUUGAUGCCUCUCACCUGUUGCCAUGCCAUCCAGUUAGAUACUGUAAACAUUUUUCUAAGGACAUUUUAUUCACACUUCCCGGUGAAUCUGUAAUCUUGUCCAGGCUGUGAAACAAGCUGACAGAUACACAUGUCCUGGUUGUCUUUGUCCUCUGCCUUCCUAUCCAAUGGCAGGUACACAGAGAGGACUGUGAAGGCAUGCUGUCAUGUCAAAGCAGGAAAAAUUCAGGUGUUAAAAUAUGAAUAACAGAAAAAUGAUCGUGACUGACUUAACUAAAAGAAAAAGCCUAGUGUCAUUGUUGUACACCUGAACAGAGCAGAACCAUAGAUAGAUAGAUAGAUAGAUAGAUAGAUAGAUAGAUAGAUAGAUAGAUAGAUAGAUAGAUAGAUAGAUAGAUAGAUAGAUAGAUAGAUAGAUAGAUAGAUAGAUAGAUAGAUAGAUAGAUAUAGUUUUCUUUGAAUCUAGACACAAACGUGCUGCCUGUUUCAGAUCCUCUCCAGACGCUGUAGUUCUCCACCUGUCCACCAGAUGUCCUCAGAGACUCGCUCGCUCCUGUCACUACCCUGUUCCUUGCAGUAGAAUUACUCUUUUCCUCUGCUCAUGUAGUUUUGUUGUUGCGUGUCUCUGUCUUGCUUUUUGUUCCUUUAGUUUUGUUUUCUUACCUAUCUACACAUGUUCUCACAACACCACGUGUUUCCCAUUGCUGCAGUGAUUUAGGGACGAUAUCGGGUUAAUUAUUGCGCGCAAAAAACAAACAAACAAACAAACAAAAAAAAAAAAAUGUCGGUCCUAAUGAGACAGAAGUUGAUCUUGUUUUGGCAGGGGCUUUUUCGGGGCUGAGAUCAGACUCAAUCAGACUCAUAAUCCACUUUUAUUUAGUUAAGUCAUUCCAUUUUUCCUCUCAUAGACUAAACUCAAAGCUUUCAUCAUCGCUUCCAUGUCGCCCUGGCGCGCAGAGAGACGCUGGAAGUGGACUCUAAUCAGGCUUUAUCCUGAUUCCCUCUCACAAACUGAGACUGGCUGCAGUCACUGGCCGGACGUGCAGCCUAUCAACCUUUACCAGCAAACAACACCUCGAAGACUCCUUGGAUUGUAACACAUUAUUAUAUAUUAAUUUCAGUUUGCUUUUAAAAAGAUAAGUUAAGGUGCACAGGAGGUUUUUAUUUCAUCAAGCGACGGCAACUGAUUCAGAGACCGAUGAAAACUGUAAGCUGAGUGGCUGCCCAGGGGGGGUUCAGUGACGGCCGGAGGUGUGGGGGGUGGCCGGGGUCAGCGAUGGGUCGGAAGCUGGAUCUGUCGGGGCUGUCGGACAGCGAGGCGGAGCAUGUGCUGCAGGUGGUGCAGAGGGACAUGAGGCUACGCAAGAAGGAGGAGGAGCGUCUCAGUGAACUGAAGCAGGAGCUGGACGAGGAGGGCAGUCGCUGCCUCCUGCUGUCACGGCAGAGUUGCUUCAAUGAGCGCUGCUGCAUCCGCUGCUGCUCGCCCUUCAUCUUCCUACUCAACCAAAAGCGCCAGUGCCAGGACUGCCGCUACAACGUCUGCAAGGCCUGCCGGGUCUACAACAAGCGGGAAAAAGCCUGGCUCUGCUCCGCCUGCCAGAAGAGCAGGUUGUGGAAGACACAGUCACUGGAGUGGUUCUACAUGAAUGUGAAGAAACGCUUCAAGAGGUUUGGCAGUGCCAAAGUGCUGAAGACUCUCUACAGGAAGCAUCUGGCUGAACACAGUGCACUUUCAGAGUUGACCGAGGGCAGCGCCUGCGACGAGAGCAUCUGCAAUGAAGGCAGCGUCUGUGGCAGCGACUCGACUUUCUACAGACAAACUGAAGAGCACAGCAUGGCAGAGACGCUCGCUGUGGCCAUGCGGGUGGCAGAGGAGGCCAUAGACGAGGCCAUUUCCAAGGCUGAGUUUGACACUGCCAGUCAGGAGAAGCAGAAUGAGGCGCUCUAUCUGCGGGAGCACAGAGCGGAGCUCAUUCAGGAGCUGGCCAAAACUAUCGUGCAGAAAAUCAUUAACAGGAGGAAAACUUUGGCUGAGAUUAGGGUAGAAUAUGACCAAGACUGGGCCCGUGAACGCAACGCUGACCUUCAGCACCAUCAUCGCACUGCCUGCGAUCAACCCUCCAGCUCCCUGAAACACCAAUCAAACCUCUGGAGGUCCCACUCGGCCUUCUCACUGCUGGACAACGACUCUCCCGGUCUGAUACAAGAGUCUUCACGCGCCUUGAAGAAGGAAUCCGUGGGGUCGCCUUUGUCGGCUUGGAAGAGUGUAGACCGUCUGGACAACGCAGGUGUGUCCUCAGUGCUGAAGAGCCCAGACGGGAACUGGAUUGCCCUGCAGAGCUCCCAGCUGUCUCGUCCCAGUCUGCUCACCAGAAGGAAGAGCCUGGUCUACAGUGCCUUGGAGAGGGAGUCGGGAGUUGUGUCCGCCUACGAGGGUCUGGGCUCGGACAACGAAAGCAAACAAGAGGGCGACAGCUCGUGGGGCGCUGUCCUCCAUCAGAUCCACAGGAAGAUGACUGACUCUAACUUCAACCUGCACGACAGCACCGACAGCAUCCCGCAGCUGACAAGGGGCCGCCGAGGCAGCAGAGACGAUCUGGUUCUAGAUUUCGGGGUGAACUGGAAGCCUAAUAAACCUCUAUUAAAGCGGAGGGUACCUGCGGAGAUCAGGAAGCCUUCGUCAUCCCUAAGGCCCAGCAUCAUGGAUGUGAACUUUAACCUGGAAGGAGCAGGAGCGGAGGUGGAGGAGAUUAAAGCAGCUGUUGCGCCAGAGGUGGACAAAAUCAGAAGAUCACGGAAAAAGAAAAGGAGUAAAAAAGAGCCAUCAGCUUCUUCUUCUGUCUCGGAUUUACAGGAAACAGAAAAGCACACUCCUUGUGAAGCUGUGACCCCUGACACUCUGACCUCCGGAGGCACGACCCCUGAGCCCUUAAACCCUGAGGGAGACGUCUCUGGACACGGAGCGUAUCAGGUGGACGGGGAGCUCGCGUUCAAACUGCAGCAGCUGGCAGGACAUCUUUCUGAGGCCUCCACUGGAGGAGAAGAUCUGGAUGACGAGAGGGACGCCGGUUAUGAUGGACAGGGGGAGGGAAGGAGCCGAGGGACAAAGGAGGGAUGUGAAGAAGACGAGAGGCAGUGGAAGAUGGAGAUCGAUUUGGAUGGAGGAAGAACAGAGGAUGAGGAGGAGAAAGAAAUAUACGAUGAAGAGAUGAAAAACAGAUUACACAGGCUCGUUGCCCAGUCCAGGCUCACGUACUUCUCCUCUACUGAUGAUGAACUCGACAGAGGGGGCCAGAGUGACGGAGACUGGGACAGAGACAGAGACGAAGACGCAGAGGUGGAAGAUAAGGAGCUGGAGGAGGAGGAGAAGAAGAGGGAAGGACUCACCUUUAAACUCUGUCGGCUGGAAAACCAAGUGAGGGCUUCGCAGUUCUCAUCCACGGAGGACGAGCUGGACAGGGUCGGCGUGGACGAGAAGGACGGAGAGGAAGAGGAGGAGCUGGCGGUGAAGGUGUGCAGAUUGGCCAGUCAAGUCAACGCCAACCAGUUCUCGUCUACAGAAGAUGAGAUAGACAGAGCAGGAACAGGGGAAGAGGGAGAGGAGACGAUAGAGGAAGAGACGCCGUGGAAACGUCAGGCAAAGAAGGCGGCUCAGCUACGUGAUCUGGCCAGUUUAGUCAGCGCCUCUCAGUUUUCCUCCACCGAAGAUGAGCUGGACAGAUUUGGAGAGGUUGGAGGUGGUGUGUAUGAGGGAGAAAUCGAGCGCAGCACCGAGGUGGAAGAGUUGUGGGAGGGCGCAGCGAGGAGGAGGGAAUCCAUUGGGGAUGUAGACGAGGAAAUGUUCGAUUUGAGGGGUGACAUCGUGGAAAGAAAGAAUGUCUUGGACAGGCAGGCGGGGGACAGAGUAACAGAGGCUGACGUAACGACAAGAGGUCACGCACGUGAGGAAAAAGUAGAAAUGUUGAAAGGAGACGAAAAACAGCCAGAGGACGGGCAAGAGAUGAAAACAGAGGAGAUAAUAACCGCACACGAGGCAAAGUGGACAGAGGAGAGGGGAGGGGCAGGAGCAGACAGCGACGUAGAAGAUGCAGAGUUUGACAAAAUAAUCAGCAGCAUGUUGUUUAUGACCCUGGAGGACAUGCAGGUAGAAGCAGUGAACAAUAAGAAUGGCAAAACAAAAGAGAAUGACGGGACGGACGGAGAAAGUAGACUGAGCACAGAGGAGGCCAGAAAGGGUUCAAUACAGACUCAGAGUCAAUGUGACGAGAGGCCAGAGUCAGCGGGAGGAAAACCAUCAGGAGGAUACGUAAGAGGGAAAACUCAGGAGGAAAGACAAAAAGGUUUAGUAGAAGAGAGACCGACAGACGAGAGGAGCAAAGAGGCCAAAGUGUGUGAUGAAAAGCAGGAUGGAAGAGGUGGAACGGCAGCAGAGCGUCAAGCAGUGGAGACUGAGGGAGACACCACAGACUGUGAAAGAACCGAGGAAGCCGAAGAAGAAAAUGCAGACGACGUGGAGCCGAGCAGCGCGUCUUCUCUUCGGGAGGGUUUACUGUCACCAGAGGAGAUUCAACACGGUAGUGACAUGGAGCUUGUAGAGUUUGUAUCAACUCUGCUGGAGCAGAGGUACUCUGCCAUCUCGCUGCGCAGCAUCACCACUGAGGUGCUGAAGGUGCUCAACGCCACUGAGGAGCUUCUGCAGGGCAUGGAGGGAGGAGACGACAUCCGACUUCCCCCAAUGUUGCCCCCCAACACUGACCCCAUGAAACUGGACCAGCAGUUCUCCAGACUGGAGGAAAACGUGUACGUGGCGGCUGGCUCGGUCUAUGGCCUGGAGGAGGAGCUGAAUGACCUGGAGGAGUGUGCCAGAGUGAUCUGCAGCUCCACAUCCGACCUGGAGCUGUCCUUCCUGGAGGAGCAGGUGGCGGCAGCUGCUGCCAAGGUUCAGCAGUCUGAGCUACAGAUCAGUGACAUCUCAGCGAGGAUCGCUGCUCUGAAGAACGCAGGCCUCAACGUGGACUCACAGUCACGCUUCACUAAGAGCAGGAUGCCAGUCAUGCCCGCCACCCUGGAGUCCUCCAGACAGACGAGAAGGCGAUUACCUGCACCCCCAGUGAAAGAAGACAAGGAAACCUAAAUGACAAAGCAGUACCCUCAACACAUCCGUGCCUUUACUCCGUCAGUCUGCAGCCUACAGGCCAGCGUCACAUGAUUCAUUCAAUCGCCAGUUGCCUUAAACAUGCCUCAGAUAUUUGGGCCGCUUGUACUGUAUGUGUGUGUGUGUGUUUUUGUCUUUUUCGUCGUAUGUCGCAGGAAACGGUUGAUUCUUGUGUCGUCCAGUCCAAAUGAAAAUAUAAGAAUAAGAAAAUCAGUUCCAGUGAUGUCAAACUUGUAAAAAAUUAUGACGCAGCAAGUGUGCAAAAAUGAUUUUUAAUUAAAAUACUUUUCAUCAGCUUAAUUUUGACACUACUGUCCAUUUAAGUAGUUGAAGAAAACUUUAUAAAUGAUGUCCAGUGACUGAAGUGAUCAAAGAUACAGUUACUGAAUAAAACCUGAAUUUUACAGUUUGUACCACAUAUCAGAUAUACAACUUACACGUACAUGGGAGCAAUUAUAGCAUGUUAGAAAAAAAAAAUGUGAUACUGCAUCAUGUAUAAAAUUCUGCGUAUAGAUUAUGUGUGACUGCAGUUAUCCAUGGUUGUGUAUGUUGUAGUGUACAUAUUUGUACAGCGACGCAAUCAGUAAAUGUUUUCUGCCUUUUAAGUAUACAAAAUAAAGAAAAAUCUGUGUGAAAAUGCUCUGUUAUAUUCUGGCUGAAAACACUGCGCGCCCUGUUUGCCUUUCAGUUGAAGGUGGGUGUAAUGGUGAGGAAUUUAGUCUGUGUUUUUGAGAUGAGGAAAUGACACCCAAAUAUGACAUUCCUCUCUGUGAAGAAGGUGUGGGAAGGACAGCUCUGGGAAAUAAACGCCGUCUAUGAGUGAGAUGGUUUCAAAACGCUGGGCAGCGACACCUCUCGCUCUCUGUGAUGCUGCAGUUGAAAUGAUUAACCUGAGCUUUUCCCCUUGUAUGAGUUCUCUGCAAGCUAAUGCAAACAGGAAGCCAAACUCGUCCGUAAAAUAAUACGUUGCUACAAUUUCCUCAUAGAGGUUUGAUGUUUGUGUGUCUCUGAAUCCUUAGAGUGAACUAUUUAAACAAAAAACAUAGCAUUCGAGGAAGGAAUGCAAACUCACAGA